CAGACACACACAGGCUCGGACAUGGCCGUCUUCUGCCUGCUCUGUGGGAAGCGCUUCCAAACGCAGACAGCCCUGCAGCAGCACAUGGAGGUGCAUGCUGGCGUGCGAAGCUACAUCUGCAGCGAGUGCAACCGCACAUUCCCCAGCCACACGGCCCUCAAAAGGCACCUACGCUCCCAUACAGGCGACCACCCGUACGAGUGCGAGUUCUGCGGUAGCUGCUUCCGAGAUGAGAGCACUUUGAAAGGACACAAGCGCAUCCACACCGGGGAGAAGCCCUACGAGUGCAACGGCUGCGGCAAGAAGUUCAGCCUCAAGCAUCAGCUGGAGACCCACUACAGGGUCCACACGGGCGAGAAGCCAUUUGAGUGCAAACUCUGCCACCAGCGGUCCCGAGAUUACUCCGCCAUGAUAAAACAUCUCAGGACCCACAACGGAGCCUCGCCGUACCAGUGCACCAUCUGCCUGGAAUACUGCCCCAGCCUUUCCGCCAUGCAGAAGCACAUGAAAGGCCACAAGCCGGAGGAGAUUCCAGCAGACUGGAGGAUAGAGAAGACCUAUCUCUACCUGUGCUAUGUCUGAAGGGACAAGUGGAGAAAAGAAGCUGGAAGGGACUAGACAGAAUCAACCCCUGGAUUGCUCCCUUUCCUUCUCUUUUUCUCUCCCAAUUUUCUUUCUUUUUGCUUUCAGUUCUAUUCAUCCAGGAUUUGCUGACCCAUUUCUUUUCCAGCUUCCAUUGUCCUUAAGGUUGCAAGGAGUGAGUGGGGCAGGGAGAUAUGAGAGGGAGGGGAGAAACCCCAUUGAGCUCCCUGAAAGGAUCCCCCGAAAGCAUGUCCUGUCCAACCUAUCUCCAGCCCUGGCCAGCUGUGAAGUUGUCUUGCAUGGUGGCCAUGUCCCCCUGUGUGCCUCGUGGCUCUGGGCUUCGUCUGGCCCUUGGUGCUCCAUGGGGGGGAUGGCCAAUUUCUCUCUGUCAUGGUGUAAGCUGAGAUCCAAUCAACCCCCUGCAUUGCUGCCUUGGUUUCCCAAGGAUCCUUGGGAAUUAUAGUGUCAUGAGGAUUCUCUCUUGGGUUCCUUUUGUUUCGCUCCAAUGCCAAUCCCUAACAUAUCCACAGUUCCCUUGGAAGUGACAAGUUCCCAAGCAGGAUGCAGUUUUCUGCACGUGCAUCCUGCAAAUUCCCCAAAUUUUCACCCUCUUGUCCUCACUGGUUCCUUUGACUUAGCUGCCAAAUCCAAGCACAUCUUUGGGAGAGAUGGAACAUUUGGAGAGCAGGACAUCCAUGAAGUUCUGUGGUGCCACAGAGGGUGGUGGAGGGAAGGUAUCAGGUGCCUCGGAGCAUCCUAGAUCCCACCUGGCAGCUGCUUGAGGAGAUGAAGGAAGUGUAGAGCGUGUCCUGGGGUUCUGAGGGCUUUCUGCUACGAAAGAGCAGUAGAAUUCAUGUGCACCCACAGCGCCAAACCUUUUCUCAUAGAUUCUGCUGACCACGUUUUGGCCUUUGCAGCUCAAAUGUUGGGGGUUGCUGCCUCAAAGAGCGUGACCCUGGAUGCCCUCAGAAUUUGCCUCCAGAUAUUCCCUGUGAGCUGCGACCCUUUCUUCUGACCAAAGACCAUUCUAUGCAUUUAUUUUUAUUUAUUUAUUUUUGAAGCAAGAGGGGAGAGGGAUGCGGAGGAGAGGCAGCGCACAUUUGCACAUUUGCUACCAUGAAUGGCCAGCCUUUUCUGAGCAGGGGAGAAAUCAAAAUGACAAGGCUUAGGGGAAACCCAGCAGCUGCUAGAGAAGCCCUGAUCUCACCCUCUGAGGCUUUGGGGAGCUCUGCGAAGCUCCCUGUUCUCAAGCACUUCCCCACUGACUUCUGUGGGGGGGAAAGGGCUGCUUCCUUCUAGUCAACAGCCUCUGCCCAACUCCCUCCUCUGUUUAGCUGCAAGAGAAAGUCCAUGGAAGUCUCAGCUCGCUCACGUGAAGCUGGAGAGGAUCUGGGCAUGGAUGGAUGGAUGGAUGGAUGGAUGGAUGGAUGGAUGGAUGGAUGG